UGUCUUGAUAAUCCUUCUCGUCAUUUCCUCCAACGAUUUAAUCUCUGCACUCGACAAAAAAAUGUUGAAUUCAUAAGAACAUCAUGUGGUUUGACAACAUACCCAACACUCUGCUUUAACUCACUCUCAGCACGAGCAGGUGCAAUCCAGACAAGCCCAAAGCUACUAGCCCAAACAGCUCUAUCUGUGACCCUUCACAUGACCCACACCACCUCCUCGUCAAUGGUUAAAUUGUCACAAGUGCAUGGCAUGACGCCUAGAGAGGUCGCUGCCAUGAAAGACUGCAUUGAGUUGCUGAAUGAAUCGGUGUACAACUUGAAACAAUCGCUUGAGGAGAUGAGCCGACCAGGUUCCAAAGAUUCAGAGCUAGUGAUGAGCGACAUUCAGACAUGGGUCAGUUCAGCACUGACGGAUGAAGACACGUGCACUGAAGGGUUUAAGGAUGACCCGAAAAUGAAACGUGUUGUGAGAGGAAAGAUUGUGAAUGUUGCACACUUAACCAGUAACGCUUUGGCUUUGGUCAAUAGUUAUGCUUCUUUACGCGGGUAGUUGAAAUAUACCAAAUAUAGUAAGCAACUUCAAUUACCUUAUCAGAAGACACAGUGUAUGUAAUGUGUGAAUGUUUGGUAGAUUGUUUGUACCCUUCAUUGAUAAUGUACUAUUGAGUGAAAAUAAUAUCAUGUCUCUUAUUGUUUCAAGAA